ACCCCUUUUUGUUUCCUUUCCUUCACACCCUAUCGCCAUAUUGCCCACUUUUCUGGACACAAAUAUUCAAUCAACCAUUCUCCAAUAUCUCUCCUAUGAAUCCUCUCUAUCCAUUAUCCACCUCCUUUAUGGAGAAACAUGAAGAAAAAGAAGAUCCCAACCUUAAACUCUAUAUUUUCUCCUCCUCUCAAGCUGCUUCUGCUGCUGCUUCUUCUUCUUCACAGCUUCCUAAUUUUGCCACUUGCUUCAAUCAAACAGAGAAGAAUCUUCACCAUCUUCAUCAUCAUCAUGAUCAGGUGGAGAAAUCGAAUGGCGGGUUGUUAUCAAGAGUGGAGGAAGAAGUAGAGGAUCAAAUUGGGAAAACUGCAAAGUACUGGAUGUCUUCAAAGAUGAGAGUGAUGCAGAAGAUGAUGACAAACCCAGACAAAAAAAGUGGUGCAAUUGUAAAUUCAGAUCACAAGCCAGGGUACAGCAGCAGUACUACAAGAAAUUAUAACAUCAAUGACACAGAGAAUAAAAACAAUGGUGGAAAAUGGGGAAUUUUGGGGAGGUCAUCCAAUUGCUCAAAUGGGCAUAAUGGAGUUAGGGUUUGCAGUGAUUGUAACACCACCACAACUCCUCUGUGGCGAAGUGGUCCUCAAGGCCCUAAGUCGCUAUGCAAUGCGUGUGGGAUCAGGCAGAGGAAAGCAAGGCGAGCGAUGGCAGAAGUAGCGAGUGGCGGUGGCGGGGAGUCGGAGGCAGCAUCGGGGAAGCAGCUGCACAAGGAGAAGAAAUGUCGGACGAGCUGCCAUGGCGACAGCGCGGGCAUUGUGAAGAAUAAGAUUAUGGGAAGUGAUCAUCAAAACUCUUCGGUUUCUUUUGAUCAUCAUAGUUUCACUCUGCGAUUGAGAAAAAGUAGUGGCUCUCCGGCUUUUGGAAGAGUUUUUGCAAGAGAUGAGGAGGAAGCAGCCAUUCUUUUGAUGGAGCUUUCUUGUGGUUUUCUCCACACCUGUUGAGAAUCUCAAUCUCGUUUUUUUUCUUCUUUUUCUUGCUGAGAGUUUUCUAGUGUGCGUGGUCGAAGAUUUUGCAGCUGCUUUUGUGAUCGAAUCUUUUUCCAAUGAUAAUAAAGUCAACAAAAAUUUACUAA